UUGAUCAGUUAUGCUGAGAGCGUUCUCCAACCCUGGCCUGAAACAACAACCCAACCCCUCCGCGUUUUUCAACUGGUCGUUCAGAUCUGCCCCGUUUCCGUUUAAUUGAACGAUGACCAACGUUUUUUCAUACUGAACGCGGUCCAGGUCUCUCUUCUAUGAAAUCUAUUUGGACUAUUUGCUCCAAGUACAGUCUUGAAGUCAGCUUGGAAAUGAAUUCGUCAGCGCUUUGUGCUUUGGUUAUUGUUCUGUUGGCAUUUGAUUUGAAAAUAAUCUCUGCUGCAGAAACUGGAGGCAAUUCUACAGUGCCAAUCCUCCCAAAGGCAGGUCAGUGCCCGCGACUUCUGAACGUGGUGCCAUCACAAAAGGGAUGCUUUUGCGAUGAGGACUGUCCUGGAGAUGACAAAUGCUGCGUAUUUGACUGCGGCGCAGUGUGUGUCCCACCUGUCUUCACAAAGCCUGGAGUGUGCCCUCGCAGACGAUGGGGUUCAGGGAUGUGUGCCGAGUUCUGUUCCAAUGACAGUGACUGCCCCAAUGAUGAAAAAUGCUGCCACAAUGGAUGUGGGCAUGAGUGCAUUGCACCGUACACAGUGAAACCUGGUCGCUGUGCCCUGCCUAAGGGGACCCCCAUGUGUGCUGAGUUCUGUUACCAUGACGGCCAGUGCCCCGAGGAACAGAAGUGUUGCCGGACAACCUGUGGCCACGCCUGCAGUGAGCCCUGCUCAUAGGACAGCAAGGUUUGGGUCUGGAGAGAAGUGACAGCACUCAUAGACUCCUCAAAUCAUUUCAAUAAAAAAAGAAGAGUUCUCCUUCAAGAAGAGGAAUGCUUGUUGUUGUUUUUUUUUAGGGUGGGGGGGUUGUACUUGUUUGUAUUCCAAUCAAUAAAGCGGUAUGUGCAGCCUUUAUAUACA